AUGGGCGACAUUUUGGUCAUAACAGGAGGGCCAGUUUACGCAGGAACCACUGUUAGCGGGGCCAAGGCCAGUGUGAGCGAAUUCAAACACCAGGUUAAUUACCAUAAUUCUGGCAGGUGGCCUGCCCCUCCAAAAAUCCCGCAGUGCACUUUCACAGAGGAGGACUGUAAAGGCAUAAUAUACCCCCAUGACGACCCUAUGGUACUAGCCCUGAACGUAGCAAACAGAAAAAUCCACCGUAUUCUGAUAGACGGAGGUAGCUCUGCAAACAUCUUGUUCUGGCCUGCUUUCCAAGAGUUGCAAAUUGAUGAGAAAUACGUAAAGCCAGUCAAUUACCCAGUAAUCAGAUUCACAGGAGCCACAGUGAUACCAGAAGGGAUAGUCAGUUUGCCAGUGCAGAUUGGCCAAGGGAAGGAUAUCAAGGACAUCAUGGUAGACUUCAUGGUUGUGAAAGUCCCCGCAGCCUACAACGUCAUUCUUGGCAGACCAUUCAUUCAUGACGCAGGGGCUGUAGUCUCCACUUAUCACCUCACCAUGAUGUAUACGACAAAUGAUGGCCGCUCAGCCAAGGUCAAAGGCAGUCAGGAGCAGGCUAAGAAGUGCUACCACACAGCGCUAAAACAACCACCUAGACCCCCACCACUGGCAGAAGAAGAACUUCCCCAAUCUCGAAAAGGAAAGAGAGCAGAGCGCAAAAAAGACAAGUUGCUAAGCAUGGAAAACUUCGAGCAUCGGGAGGAAGGUCUGUUGGAACCCACGUCAACUGACGAAACUGAGGAGAUAGAAUUAGAGGAAGGGUUGACAGACAGGACGGUUCGAAUUGGCACAGACGUAGAUCUAUCCCUUAGAGUGAACCUCAUUGGUCUGCUGAGAGAGCACGCAGACAUAUUUGCUUUCUCAGCGGACGAAAUGCCAGGGAUUGACCCCAGUGUUAUGGUCCAUAGACUGAAUGUCAGCAGAGAAGUUAGGCCAGUGAAACAGAAGAAGAGAAAUUUCUCGACAGAGAAGAAUGUAGCCAUCCAAGAAGAAAUCAACAAAUUGCUAGCAGCCAAGUUUAUAGAAGAGUGCGAUUACCCAGAAUGGCUGGCUAACGUUGUGAUGGUAAAGAAAGCAAAUGGUCAAUGGAGGAUGUGUGUAGACUUCACAGACCUAAACAAGGCCUGUCCGAAGGACUGUUACCCAUUGCCCAGAAUAGAUCAGCUGGUUGAUUCCACCAGUGGACACGCUCUCUUGAGUUUCAUGGAUGCAUUUUCCGGCUACCAUCAGAUCAGUUUACUCGAAUCAGAUCGUAAGAAAGCUGCUUUCAUCACAGACGCUGGAGUUUAUAACUACAAAGCUAUGCCAUUCGGCCUAAAAAAUGCAGGUGCAACUUACCAGAAGCUUGUAGAUAAGAUAUUCGCACAGCAAAAGGGCCGGAAUGUGGAAGUAUAUGUGGAUGAUUCCAUAGUCAAGAGCAAAAAAGAGGCUGAUCACAUCGCAGACUUGCGAGAAACAUUUGCUACGUUGAGACAGUACGGCAUGAAACUAAACCCAAAGAAAUGUGUGUUCGGUGUUAAGUCAGGAAAAUUCUUGGGAUUUCUGGUCAGUGAAAGGGGAAUAGAUGCCAACCCAGAGAAAGUGGAGGCCAUACUCAACUUGCCAGAGCCAAAAAACAUACGAGAUAUACAGAGAUUAACUGGAAAGAUGGCAGCACUCACUCGUUUUAUCAGUAAAUCUGCAGAUAGAUCCCUCCCAUUUUUCCAGGUACUGAAAGGCAACAAAACAUUCAAGUGGGAAGCAGAGCAAGAAAAGGCAUUCGCAGAGGUAAAAAAUCAUCUGAAGAACCUCCCAACAAUAGCCAGACCAGAAGUAGGAGAUGUUUUGCAGUUGUACAUCUCGGCCUCCAAAACGUCUGUAGCAGCAGCCUUAAUAGUGGAAAAGGACAAGGCCCAACAGCCAGUAUAUUUCGUCAGUCACAUUCUCAACCCCGCAGAGCAGAGGUACCCCCUGAUCGAAAAAAUGGCCUUCGCAAUUAUGAUAGCUGCCAGGAAGCUGAAACCAUACUUCGACGCUCACAAGGUACAAGUAUUAACAAAUCAGCCUUUAGAGAAAUCAUUGCGAAGGCUGGAUACCUCAGGCAGACUGCUGAAAUGGGCGGUAGAACUCUCAGAGUACGAUAUUGAACACAGGCCAAGAACGGCCAUAAAGGCACAGGCAUUAGCAGACUUCAUAGCUGAGGCAUCUUACGAGGAGGAAGAGGAGCCUCUGGGGACCUGGCAGAUAUAUGUAGAUGGCUCAGCCGCAGUUACAGGGUCAGGAGCAGGCAUUAUAAUGACUUCACCAGAAGGUAAUGUCUUUGAAUAUGCCAUAAAGUUCAAGUUCAAAGCCUCAAAUAAUGAAGCAGAGUACGAAGCAGCGAUCGCAGGCAUUCAAAUGUCCAAGGCAGCGGAUGCUAAAAAAAUCGUGUUGAAAACAGAUUCCCAGUUAGUGGCCAGUCAGUAUAGAGGCGAGUAUGAAGCUCGAGAACCGUCCAUGCAGAGGUAUCUGGCACUGAUGAAAGAAGCAGUAGCCCAGUUGGAAAGCUUCGAGAUCCAGUUGGUCCCCAGAGCAGAGAAUAGCCAAGCAGAUGCUCUCUCAAAAUUAGCAAGCUCUUCGCUGCAAGACCUUGAAAGAACAGUGAUGGUGGAAGUACAGGAAGAAAAGAGUAUCGAUAAGAGGCCUAUGGGGUCUCCCUACAGCAGAGCCAGAACAGAAGAAGAUAAAGCGAAACGAACACUGGUUUGUGAUCUACCAGGGCAGAUUGUACAAAAAAUCCUUCUCCCUACCCUGCUGAGAUGCGUCUCAACAGAGGAAUCACAGAGAAUCAUUGAAGAAAUUCAUGAGGGAAUAUGUGGUAAUCAUAUUGGGGGUAGAACACUAGCCUUAAAAGCUCUCAGAGCAGGGUACUAUUGGCCAACCAUGUGGGGAAUGGACAUCCUGGGUCCGUUUACAGCCGCGAGUGGAGGAAGAAGAUACUUGAUCGUGGCAGUGGAUUAUUUCACCAAGUGGAUAGAAGCAGAGCCCACAAAGAGCAUAACAGCAAAACGAAUGAAAGACUUCAUCUGGAGAAACAUCAUCACAAGAUUUGGCAUCCCAGAAAGUUUGGUCUUUGAUCACGGGACACAAUUCGAUUGCACACCGGUAAAGGAUUAUUGCGCAGAGCUAAGAAUCAAGUUUGCUUACGCAUCAGUAUGCCACCCACAGAACAAUGGACAGGCCGAGGCGGCGAACAAACAGAUCCUUGGAGCUCUGCGAAAGAAAAUCGAGGAUUUUAAGGGUGCAUGGGCAGACCUCAUACCAGAAAUUUUGUGGUCCAAUAGAACAACUGAGAAAGAGGCGACAAGAGAAAGUCCCUACAAGUUAGCCUUUGGAGCAGAAGCAGUAUUACCGGUAGAGGUUGGCCUGCCCAGUUUCAGAGUGCAGUACUAUGAUGAAAGCACCAAUGAACAACUCAUGAGGGAAUCAUUAGACCUUCUGCCAGAGGUAAGGUUGCUAGCAGAGCUGAGACUCACAGUAAACAAAGAGAGAAUGAGCAGAGCUUACAACAAAAGAGUCAAACACAGACCUAUGCAUGUGGGAGACCUGGUGCUCAGACGAACAGCAGCCACAAGAAAGGGCAAGGCAGAGGGGAAAUUCACUGCAAAUUGGGAAGGACCAUACCAGAUCACAAGGGAGAUAGCCCCUGGCUCAUAUCAUCUCAUGACAAUGGAUGGAAAAGAGUUAAAGAACAGUUGGAACGCCAACAUGCUCAAAAAAUACUAUGUUUAG